AUGGCUCUCCCUCUCCCCCCAGGCCUCACGCCCCCCGAAAUCGCCUUUCUCUGCGAAAUGGAGCUCGUCACCGUGAUCCCCCGUCAACGGCUCGAAGGACUAGACUUGCUAGGCGGCCGCACACCCCCCCUCCACCCCCCCCAACGCGCCAACCUCCCCCUCUGGCUCGCCCUCCUCCUGAAACGCCAACGCCGCGCCAACAUCCUCCCGCCCCCCUGGCUGUCCCCGCCCGCCCUCGCCGCCAUUCUCGAGCUCGAAAGCACCGCCCACGCCGCCGCGCCGCCGCGCCUGCCCCUCGCACCGCCCGGCAUCCUGCCCAUCUCGCCGCCCUUCCUGCCCUCCAGCACCGCCGACGCGCCGCGCGACGCACUGCCGUACCACUGGCUCGAGCUGGGCGAGAUACUGCUGGAGGCCGCGAGCGACGACUUCGAGGACCCGGAUGCGGUGAGGCGGCUCAUGCGCGAUCUGCGCGAGGUGCGCAUGGCGAAUAUGCGCAAAGGGGUCGAGGUGUUUGAUGCGCAGGGGGGGCUGAGUAUGACGGGGUUUGGGGGCAUGGAGGUGGCGGAGGGGCGGGCGUUUAUUGGGGGGGUGAUUGAUGGGUUGAGGAAGAUCGGCGCCGCGCGCGAGCGCAGCGGCGAUGGCGACCAGGACGAUCAGGAUAAUGGGUUUCCGUCGACGGCGGACGACUACGAUGACGAGAUGGAUAUGUGA